GCUCUUGCGACCCAAGAGCGAGGCAACGUUCCGCGUGGAUGUCGCGUCGUUCCUCCUCCUCCUGCUCUUCGCGGAAUCGCUUCCUCCUCGAGAGACCGUCAUCCUUUGCGAAACUACCCGUGCCGCGUCCCGUCGUCGUCAUCAAUAAUGCGCCGGUGAAAAAGCUGAGGAAUGAUCUCGACAGUCGGCCUUGGUGCGGUUUAGAUGAGAUUGAAAGUAAUCGUUGUCGGGGUGAGAAAGUGAGUUGAAUGCUUCAGGAUGAGCGACGCGAGGAACGACAAGGACGUGGAAGCGUUGGAAGCCGCGGCCCAGGACAGCGACGAUUACGUGCUCCACCUUCCACGUCCGCUCACCCUCGAAGAAAAGAAGUACCUGUUGGCCGUGGAAAGAGGUGAUUUGCCCAAUGUGAAAAGGCUUGUGCAGCUUGCAAACAAGGGCAAGACAAAACAGCUGGACGUGAAUUGCGUGGACAGUCUGGGUCGCGGUGCCCUCACGCUGGCUAUAGAGGCAGAAAAUUUAGAAAUGGUCGAGUUGCUUAUUGUGAUGGGAGUCGAAACUAAGGACGCCCUACUCCAUGCCAUCGAUCAAGAGUUCGUAGAGGCGGUCGAGCUGUUACUGGAACACGAGGAGCUCCUUACGAGCCAAAUAACCGAUUCCGAAAAGCAGAUCAUACACAGCUGGCAGAAGGUUGACCCGGCAUCAGCCAGAUACCCGAUGGACAUGACACCCUUGGUACUCGCGGCGCAGCGCAAUAAUUACGAAAUCUUGAAGCUUCUACUGGAUCGAGGAGCUACCCUGCCGAUGCCGCACGACGUGAGAUGUGGCUGUGACGAUUGUCUUCAGGCAACCAUCGGCGAUCCAUUAAGGCUGUCAUCUACUAGAAUCUCAGAGUACAAGGCAUUAGCGAGUCCAAGUUUAAUAGCUCUAAGUUCGACAGAUCCCUUAAUGACAGCUUUCCAAUUAAGCUGGGAACUUAGGGAACUAGCUGUAUCGGAACCGGAGAGCAGAGCCGAGUACUUGAAGCUACGGCGGCAGGUGGAAAAAUUCGCUGUCGACUUGUUGCAACACGUCCGAACUACCACGGAACUGGAUACCAUCCUGAAUUACGAUCCCAAAGAAGAGAAUAUCGAACUUAGCAAACAACUGGCUCGACUGGAGCAAGCUAUCGACUAUAAGCAAAAGAGAUUCGUCUCGCAUUCUCACGUGCAGCAGCUCUUGGCAGCAAUCUGGUACGAAGGGGUUCCCGGAUUCCGCAGAAUGUCAACUAUGCGGAGAAUCGGGAUUCUUGCAAAAACAGCAGUUCUAUUUCCAUUCUAUUGUAUCAUGUACUAUCUAUUGCCGGGAUCGAAAACAGGACAGCUUAUGCGAAGACCUUUCAUGAAAUUCUUGGUUCACGCAUCAUCCUACUUAUUCUUCUUGUUUGUGCUCAUGCUGGUGUCGCAGCGUGCGGAAGUGGAGAUCGUUAGGCUUCUAGGUACUCAGGAAAUGAAGAGAAAUCUCGAGACUUACUUGGCACGGCAAAGAGGCGCGGUCCCCACUCCGCUGGAAGGUAUCGUCGUGCUGUACGUCUUUGGAUUCGUAUGGGAAGAGAUGAGAGAGGCUUACGUGGACGGUCUGAGGAGUUACUUGCGGGACAUGUGGAACUUUAUCGACUUUACCAGAAACACGCUCUACUUGGCGACCGGUGUUCUCAGACUGGCGGCUUAUCUGCAGCAGCGCGCCGAGAUACGGACGGAUCCGUCGGCCGCGCUAAUACCAAGAGAGAAUUGGGGCGACUUCGAUCCGCAGCUGAUCGCGGAGGGUCUCUUCGCGGCUGCGAAUGUCUUCAGCGCUUUAAAACUCGUCCAUCUUUUCAGUAUCAAUCCGCAUCUUGGGCCGCUUCAGAUAUCGUUGGGCAGGAUGGUAAUCGACAUCGUGAAGUUCUUUUUCAUUUACACCCUAGUGUUAUUCGCUUUCGCUUGCGGCUUGAACCAGCUGCUGUGGUAUUUUGCGGAACUGGAGAGGCAGAAGUGUUACAGCGGAAUGUCGGAUCCCUCGUGGGACGCCGGCAGUGACGCCUGCUUAAGAUGGAGAAGAUUUAGCAAUCUGUUCGAAUCGUGUCAGAGUCUUUUCUGGGCCAGUUUCGGUAUGGUCGGCAUUGAAAGCUUCGAACUCACUGGAAUCAAAUCAUACACUCGAUUCUGGGGCUUGCUGAUGUUCGGAUCGUAUUCCGUGAUCAACGUGAUUGUCCUGCUAAAUCUACUGAUAGCCAUGAUGAGCAACAGCUACGCCGUUAUUGAGGAACAUUCCGACACGGAGUGGAAAUUCGCAAGAACGAAGUUAUGGAUGAGUUACUUCGAGGACAGCGGAACCCUGCCGCCGCCCUUCAAUAUCUUCCCGCCGCCUAAAUUGCUUUUCCGAUUGUUCGGCCUGCAGAAGAAGUCUAUUGGUCGACGCAGUAGUCAACGUCGGCGUGCACGCGAACAUAAAUACGGAGCAGUCAUGAGAGCCUUGAUAUGGCGCUAUGUUGUGAAUGCACACAGCGAGCACGAGAUGGAACCCGUCACCGAAGACGAUGUCCAUGAACUUAAGUCCGAUUUGUCGUCCUGGAGAUGCGAACUCCUGGACAUUCUGUUCAGAAACGGCAUGGACAUCGGCGGUGUCGACAAAAAGGAGAAAACUGUACUGGGUAAGAAGAUGAGGGUUUGGGAGAGAAGACUCAUGAAAGACUUCCAAGUGGCAGGUCCUGUAAAUCCGGCUGACAUCGAUCUUCAGGAAGAGAUAACUCUUCAACAACCUGAGGAAGAGAGCAACGUCGAGAGAUGGAAGAGGAUCGCCAGAUUGGCCGUACUGACUUCGGCUGAACACCGUUGGAGUCAAGUCGUGAGAAGCGCAGUUAAGAGUUCUCAAAUUGGCAAAAGCUGCAGCAAGGCGUCGCUGCAGAAUCAGCAGAGUCUAAAGAGAGCCAUGGAGGAAGCGAAACGUCUGGCGCAAAAGAGCCCAUUGCCGUCAGAUGUGCCGGUGGAAUUGCCGGAAACUACCUCGGCGACAAUACUGCAUGUGCUGCACGAAAUUGUCGAGGGCGACGGUGAUGCUAAAACAUCGGGAAACAGAAGAGACAGAUCUCCGGAGCCUAGAAGAGACAAAACGCCAGAGCCAGUUAGGAACGGCGUUGAUUCUCAACCGUUUGACUCGAUUCUUCAGACCAAAUCUACAUCCUCGGUCAGUAUCGUUGAUGAAAAGACGAAGGAUUCUGCGCCGUUGUUACCGCUUCGUUCAUCACCGCCGCGAGUAGUCAAGAGAAAAGCUACUCAACUCGGCCAAUUGUCAACUUCUGCUAAAUCCACAACUAUUCCAUCUAUCACGAGUACUACUUCGAUUGUCCCUACGACAUCCGUUACCACUGCGGUCGCAACUACACCAACGGACACAGCACCCGUAAUUGCCGUGACUACUGCUGCAACAACUGCGCCUAUUACUGUGAAGACUACUACUACUUUUGCCAAGCCCAUCACGACAACAACUAUUACUACUACUACUACUUCUACCAUUGCUGCUACCACCGCUGUUGUCAAAUCUGUUGCUACUACUACGAAAUCCACCGCUACUACUACCAUUUCUGUUGCUACGAAAACUUCUUCCAGCUCUACCAUGGAAAGCCAAAGCAAACCCGCUAACACAUCCAUGAGUGUACCCUCGACCAACGUCAAAGACGGAAGCAGCUCAAUCAGAGCACGGCCGAAGGUUUCCCACAGCCCUAAACUCUCGAUUAUCCCAUCGUUAACAGUUACCUCAAACUCGGACGGUGGCAAAGAUGAUGACCGAGAGAAACUCGUAGGCAUUACGUCGCGUAGCAGACCGCCGAGAGGAGGAUGGCUUUGAAUCAAGAAGCAAUUUCAU